ACCAUGAGUCGGUCUGCUACUCAGAAAUCACCUCGAAGAAGAAAAAUACUUUUCUAGAGAGAGAAAAGACAAGAAAGAGAGAGAGAGAGAUCUCAUUUUUAUCGAUCUAAUCUUCCUUCCUUGUUUUAGUAAAUCAUCAAAUGUUGUCAAAAACCCAUUAAGGAUCUGAUCUCAAAAAUCAAAACCAUUGAAGAUAUAUACAUAUUUUUUCUUUUUCUUGAAUCUGUACUUUUUGUUCUUCUUCUUCUUGUUCCAGAAAUCAAAGAAUCUUCUGAAAAAUCCCUUUCAGUAUGUCAAGCAGAAACCCAACAUAUAAUAACCCAAUACCUUGCAAACAUCUUACAGAUUACAAACAAAACCAUGGUUUACAGAGUUAUAGCUGUGUUCAAAAGAACCUGAAAACAAACCCAAAUGGAAGAACAACCAUAAAUAAAGACCAAACAAAAAUACCCAGAUGUAGUAUCUGUUUUAAAAAUCAAGGUAUUAGACUUUAUUACUGUUUGAUCUGCUCUUCUAUAUCAUGUUGUCAAUCUCCUGAUUCAAAUCAUGCUUUAUUACAUUCCCAGAAUGAAAAGAAUGGUGGUCAUGAGAUUUUAAUAGAUAUAGAGAAAGCAGAACUGUUUUGUUGUAUUUGUUGUGAUCAAGUUUAUGAUCCUGAUUUUGAUGAACUAGUUAUGUCUAAACAGAUCAUGGAAAUGCCUACAAAUAACAAUGGUGUUGAUUUUAGAAAUAGUAAUGAUGGCAAUUCUAGUAGUAAGAGAAGGAAGAUUAUGGUAUCAUCUACUACUAGUACAGUUGGUUCACCAGAUUAUAAGAAUGGUUCGAAAGAAUUGAUGUUGAUGAUGAGAAGGAAUUCUAAUUCUUGUUUUCCAUGGGGUUUGAGAGGAUUAAAUAACCUGGGGAAUACUUGUUUUAUGAAUUCUGUGUUACAAGCUUUGAUUCAUACACCUCCUUUGAGGAAUUACUUUCUUAGCGAUCGACAUAAUAGGGAAAGUUGUCGGCAAACUUCAGCAGAUCGAUUGUGUUUGUGUUGUGAUAUCGAUGCCAUAUUUACUUCUGUAUUCUCAGGGGAUCGAACGCCUUAUAGUCCAGCAAGAUUUCUUUACAGUUGGUGGCAACAUUCAGCAAAUCUUGCCAGUUACGAGCAGCAAGAUGCUCAUGAGUUCUUCAUUUCAAUGCUUGACAGGAUUCAUGAGAGAGAGGGGCAAGUAAGAGCCCAGAAUAAAGAAAAUGAAGAUUGCCAUUGUAUUGCUCACAAAGUAUUCUCUGGCAUAUUAAGAUCCGAUGUUACUUGCACAACUUGUGGAUUCACUUCAACAACUUAUGACCCGUGUGUCGACAUAUCUUUAGACUUAAAUACUAGCAGUGUCUCCCCAAAAGAUGUCACUGGGAAGCCAACCAAGUCUAACCAAAAUGCUGGUAUAUCUACACUUGUUGGUUGCUUAGAUCUUUUCACAAAACCAGAGAAGUUAGGACCAGAUCAAAAGCUAUUCUGCCAGCAUUGUCAAAUAAAGCAGAACUCAUUGAAGCAAAUGUCCAUUAAAAAACUCCCAUUAGUCUUGUGUUUCCAUAUAAAGAGAUUUGAACACUCCCCUGUCAGAAAAAUGUCUAGAAAGAUUGAUAGAUACUUGCAAUUUCCUUUCUCGCUAGACAUGAUUCCAUACUUAUCUUCUUCGAUCGUCAGGAACAGAUUCGGAAACAGAAUUUUCGCUUUUGAGGGUGAUGAAUCAGAUAUGUCUACAGAAUUUGAGGUUUUCGCAGUGGUUAGUCAUUCUGGGAAGUUAGAAUCCGGUCAUUACGUUACUUAUCUCCGCUUGAGGAACCAAUGGUACAAAUGUGAUGAUGCAUGGAUAACCCAAGUUAGUGAACGACUUGUUCGAGCUUCUCAAGUAUAUUUGAUAUAUUACGUGCAGAAAACAUUAUAUAUUAAAUCAGGUGAGGAUUUAUUAGCGGGGGAUCCUGCCUUUCUUCAGACUCCUGCAUGCUGCUAAAAGGGAAUGGUAAUGACUGAUAAACACCUAAUUUUUAAGAGGAUUUCAGUUGUCAUUUCGGAUGCAGAGUCAGCAAUGCAAGCGGGGUUCACAUCCAUGGGUCAUCUUCAGUGUUUUUCAAUGUGAGCUGUAUGAAGAUCAAAUCCAAGAUGCCAUCCAAACUUUUACUCAUAAAAGAUCAAAUGUCUAAUCCGUCGAUCGCAAGAUGGAUGUCUCACUGGCGUCUUCGGCUGCAGCAAAACUAAUCAGUAAUCAAGCUUUAUUUGUAUUUCAAGCUUUUCCCUUCUCAGUAUUUGACGAGUUGAGGGAAUUAGUUAAACAAUUUCUGUUUCUAAGAAUCAGACUAACGAGGGAUUCACUAUUUUUGAAAUUGAGUUACCUGAUCACAUUUGUACAAAAAGGAUUUCUUUUUAGAUUAGAGCAAUUGAUCUAACAAAUUCAGUGUUUCUAGUGUUUGUAAUUGCAGAAAAUUUUGAUAAACAUUUUACUAAGAAUUGCUGAUUCUGAGCUUGAA